CCCCCUAAUCUAAGUACAUCCGCCUCUGGCGCUAUGGCAUUACCUGCUCUUGGAUGAGGGCUAUGGAUGGGACAACAUAAGCACAAGGGCAGUUAUCACUUGGCACUUCAACGGUUAAGACUACAAGCCGCCGAUUGCACUGGACAAAUUUGGCCCUUUUCCAGAAAAUCAUAAACCCAUCCGUAUCGAGUGAGAGAUAUAUAUUGGAAACAACCCGCCAAAAACAACAAAUAUCUUCUCAAUUCAUAACAACAAACACUUAAAAGUAGAUAGAAGCUCUCCACUAGCUUUCAUUCUGUAUUCAAUCAAAUCCCUACCAUGGCGUGAACACUCUUUGAACCCUUCAGAACCCCAAGAUAAUAUUAAGGGAAUGGCAUCAACGGCACUGCUGAGUAUUCCUCCGCCACAGUUAAACUCCACAACAAAAUCAAAGGUACAACGAAAAAACUGUAUUUGUUGCUCUCUAGAUUCCUCGACUUCUGCUACUACUACUACUUCUGUUAAUGACCAAGAUACCCCCAAGAAAUUCACCUAUAGUAGAGCUUCUCCAUCUGCUAGAUGGCCCCACCUUAAAUUCACUGACACCCACCAAAAUUCACAGCCCUCCCAAUUAUCUGUACCCGUUCCCUCCAUUAAAGAUGUUGAAUUUGGUACUGAAAGUGAUGUAAAAGAGGAGUCUUUGAACUCAAAUGAUGAAAACCAAGAGGUAUUGGGUAGGCCCAGUAGGACUAAGGCUAAGAAAAUGACUAAACUUGCACUUAAAAGGGCUAAAGAUUGGCGUAAAAGGGUACAAUUUUUAACUGAUAAGAUAUUGGAGCUAAAACCUGAGGAGUUUGUAGCUGAUGUGCUUGAUGAAAAGAUGGUGCAAAUGACCCCUACUGAUUUUUGCUUUGUGGUCAAAUGGGUUGGUCAAUCUAGUUGGCAAAGGGCAUUAGAGGUGUACGAAUGGCUCAAUCUUCGACAUUGGUAUUCUCCGAAUGCUCGAAUGCUUGCAACUAUACUUGCUGUGUUGGGCAAGGCCAACCAGGAAUCAUUGGCCGUGGAGAUAUUUAUGAGGGCAGAACAAAAUGUUGGGAACACAGUUCAAGUGUAUAAUGCAAUGAUGGGUGUUUAUGCGCGAAAUGGGCGGUUUUCCCGGGUUCAGGAGUUACUUGAUUUAAUGCAUGAGCGGGGGUUUGAGCCUGAUCUUGUGAGUUUUAAUACUUUGAUUAAUGCACGUCUGAAAUCAGGCCCUAUGACACCAAACUUGGCAAUUGAACUUCUUAAUGAAGUAAGGAGUUCGGGGAUUCAACCUGACAUAAUAACUUAUAACACUCUGAUUAGUGCUUGCUCGCGCGAAUUAAAUGUUGAGGAAGCUGUAAAAGUUUUUAAUGAGAUGGAAAGUCAUAGAUGUCAACCUGAUUUGUGGACGUAUAAUGCUAUGAUUUCAGUUUUUGGGAGAUGUGGAAUGGAUGGUGAGGCUGCAAAGCUGUUCAAUGAACUGGAGGCGAAUGGCUUUUAUCCAGAUGCAGUGACGUAUAAUUCACUGCUCCAUGCAUUUGCAAAGCAAGGGAAUAUUGAGAAGGUUAAAGAAAUAUGUGAAGAGAUGGUGAACAUGGGAUUCGGAGAGGAUGAAAUGACGUAUAAUACCAUCAUUGACAUGCACGGGAAACAUGGUCGGCAUGACCUUGCAUUGCAAGUCUAUAGGGACAUGAUAUCUUCCGGUCGAAGUCCUGAUGUAGUUACAUAUACUGUUCUUAUUGACUCACUAGGGAAAGCCGGUAAAAUGGCAGAGGCUUCAAAAGUGAUGUCUGAGAUGCUAAAUGCAGGGGUAAAGCCAACAGUGAGAACUUACAGUGCCUUGAUUUGUGGUUAUGCAAAAGUAGGGAAGCGGGUUGAAGCAGAAGAGAUGUUCGACUGCAUGGUACGUUCUGGAAUUAGGCCAGAUCACUUGGCAUACACAGUGGUGUUGGACAUGAAUCUGAGGUCUGGUGAGACCAAGAAAGCAAUGCUGUUGUAUCAUGAAAUGGUGCGCAAUGGAUUUGCUCCUGAUCUUGAUCUAUAUGAAUUUAUGCUCCGAGCUCUUGGAAGAGGAAAUGAAGAAGAAAAUAUCCAGAUUGUGAUCAAGGACUUGAAAGAAUUGGGUAAUUUGAGUCCAGAAUCGAUUUCAUCUCUACUUAUUAAGAGUGAAUGCUACGAUUUUGCUGCCAAUAUGUUGAGAUUAGCUGUUGAAGAGGGUUCUAACUAUAAUUAUGAUGACCUGUUGUCUAUUUUGGGUUCAUACAGUUCAUCGGGGAAGAUCUCAGAAGCUAUAGAGUUCCUAAAUUUUGUGAAGGAACAUGAUUCCAGGUCCAAGAAGCUUAUAACUGAUGCCUCAAUUAUUAUUAACUGCAAAGCUCAAAAUUUAGAUGCUGCUUUGAAUGAGUACCACGAAACAGGUAAAAGUGAUUCAUAUAAUUUCAGUUUUGCCGUGUAUGAGUCCCUCAUCAGGUGUUGUGAGGAGGCUGAACAGUUUGCUGAAGCUUCUCAAAUAUUUUCUGAUAUGAGGGCCAGGGGUGUGGAACCUUCUCGGGAUAUUUGCGGAAUAAUGGCUGUCAUUUAUUGCAAGAUGGGUUUUCCAGAAACAGCUCAUUAUUUGAUUGACCAGUUGGAAGGAAAUGGAAUUCCCCUCGGGGACAACUCAAUUCAUGUAAGUCUUAUUGAGGCGUAUGGUAAGCUGAAAGUAGUUGAAAAGGCAGAGAGUGUUGUAGCAACUUUAGAAGAACGGUAUGGUGUUGUGGAGAGGACGGCUUGGAAUGCAUUAAUUCAAGCUUAUGCUUUAAGUGGGUUUUAUGAGAAAGCUAGAGCUGUUUUCAAUACCAUGAUGAGAAAUGGUCCAUCUCCUACAGUGGAUACCAUCAACAAUCUCAUGCAAGCGUUAAUUGUUGAUGGUAGAUUAAACGAGCUGUAUGUUCUGAUUCAGGAACUACAAGAUAUGGGUUUUAAGAUUAGUAAGAGUUCCAUUCUUUUGAUGCUUGAGGCAUUUGCACAAGCUGGUGACAUAUUUGAAGUGAAGAAAAUUUACCACGGAAUGAGAGCUGCUGGAUAUUUACCUACCAUACAUCUUUAUAGAGUUAUAAUCGGGUUAUUGUGCAGGACUAAGCAAGUGAGAGACGCUGAAGCGAUGCUUUCUGAGAUGGAGGAAGCUGGAUUCAAGCCAGAUCUUUCAAUAUGGAAUUCAAUGCUCAAGUUAUAUACUAGAAUUGAAGAUUUCAAGAAGACAGUGCACAUAUACCAGAGAAUUCAAGAAGCUGGACUCAAACCAGAUGUGGAUACUUACAAUACUUUGAUAAUAAUGUACUGUCGAGAUCGUAGGCCAAAUGAAGCUCUUAUGUUAUUGCAUGAGAUGAAAAGGCUGGGUCUGUCUCCUAAGAGAGACACUUAUAAAAGCCUGAUUGCUGCAUUUUGUAAGGAGCUGAUGCUGGAACAAGCUGAGGAACUCUUCGAAAGCCUGAGGUCAGAAGAACAUAACCUCGAUCGUUCUUUUUAUCACUUAAUGAUGAAAAUGUAUAGAAGCUCUGGGAAUCAUUCUCAGGCUGAAAAGCUAAUAGACAAGAUGAAGGAAUCAGGGGUGGAGCCAUCUGGUGCUACAAUGCAUUUGCUGAUGACUUCGUAUGGUACUUCAGGCCAUCCAAUUGAAGCUGAGAAAGUGUUGAAUAGUCUAAAGUCAAAUGGUGUAAAUCUCAGUACUCUACAAUAUGGCUCUGUUAUUGAUGCUUAUCUCAAGAGCAGAGAUUACAGUACUGGGCUUUUGAAGCUUAAGGAGAUGCUUGGGGAAGGUCUAGAACCAGAUCACAGGAUAUGGACUUGCUUUAUCCGGGCUGCUAGUUUAUGUGAAUAUGCGACUGAAGCCAAAACUCUUUUAGCUGCUGUGGCCGAUGCUGGUUUUAGUCUUCCCAUCAGGCUUCUAACAGAGAAGUCAGAGUCUCUGGUGUUGGACUUAGACCUCUACCUGGAGAAAAUUGAAGUUGCAGAAGAUAAAGCAGCAUUAAAUUUUGUAAAUGCUUUGGAAGACCUGUUAUGGGCUUUUGAACUCCGGGCCAGGGCCUCAUGGAUUUUUCAGCUGGCUAUUAAAAGGAGCAUUUACAAUACUGAUGUUUUCAGGGUGGCUGACAAGGAUUGGGGGGCCGACUUCAGGAAGUUGUCUGCUGGUGCUGCUCUUGUUGGUCUAACAUUAUGGCUUGACCACAUGCAGGAUGCAUCCUUGGAGGGCUUUCCUGAAUCUCCAAAAUCUGUCGUACUGAUUACCGGUAAAUCUGAAUACAACAAAGUUUCUUUAAAUAGUACAGUGAAGGCAUACCUUUGGGAGAUGGGUUCUCCAUUUCUACCUUGUAAAACUCGGACUGGAAUACUUGUUGCAAAAGCUCAUUCCUUAAGAAUGUGGUUGAAGGAUUCCCCAUUUUGUUUAGAUCUUGAGUUGAAAGAUAGACCUAGCCUUCCAGAGAUGAACUCAAUGCAGCUUAUUGAAGGAUGUUUUAUUAGACGUGGUCUUGUUCCUGCUUUCGAGGACAUAAAUGAAAGGCUUGGGCCAGUAGGCCCCAGGAAGUUUGCGAGGCUUGCUUUGCUGUCAGAUGAGAAGAGGGAGAAAGUAAUUCAAGCUGACAUUGAGGGGAGAAGGGAGAAGUUAGCCAAGAUGAAGAACACUGCAGUCACAACGAGGAAGAAUACUAAAAGCUUUAGGAUGAAAAAGUUUGUCAGGGUGCCCGGUCGUGCAAAAUCCAAUGGCUUUGCCUGAGAUAUUGAUGCUCGUGUCUUGUGGGGUGAUUAGAAGUUCCAUAAAUAUUGCAUGACAAGUUCCAGAAUAUGGUCUGAGAUGCAUUCUUUUCUUAGGAUGAACUUCUAAAGAGCUGACUGAGGAAGGAGCGUGGGAGGUGUCAGCGUCAUGGCAUAUGCAAGUUUAAUCAAGCGGAGAUAACAGAACUUCAAACAAUUCCAGAGCUGCAAGGAAAACUCAAUUAUCAAAUCUAACAGAAAUCAUAUACUAGCAGUUUUCCAUUUCAGACAUUUCCAGUUGCUGUUUGAUUAAACAAUGCCUGGAACGACUCCAGGUCUAAGCAAAAGCUACUGGGUUCGUCCGAACUCGGUAGCUAAUGCUCUUGCUCUGCCUCAGCAUGCACUCUAGCUCUGCUUCUCAAAGUCUUUUGCAAAAUUGUGAUUCACACGACUUAUGCUCUUGUACCUUAAGGAAUAGUUUGAUUUCGCCUUUACUCGCAGAGCUACUUAUACCUAGUUAUCUGUGCAGUUGUUUUCAUUAUGAGGUUCAAGACGCGUUUUGGCCCCUAGCACUGGUUGACAACCUGAUUUAUCAUGGCCAUGAGAUUCUUGUCCAUGUUAAGCUGAAAUGGGAGGAACUAAAGAAAGCCGAGUGCAUGAGCUUGAGUCUGUGUUUGCUUGUAACUUGUAAGUUACUACCUGUCUACAGCGAUUGUGCAUAGACUCAGGUGUUGUCCGUGCAGAAACCUGAUCAUUCUCUACAUGCAAUAGUGGGAAUGUGAAAUCCUCGUGUUAUCUAUGUAGCUGCAGGUUAUGCGUGGAGAUAGAAAAGCAUAAAUAAAUGUUAGGCAUUGGGAAAAAAGCGUUAUAUGUGCCUUCGAAACCCAGUUUAUGAAUAGGUAGCCUUCUGUUUUUCGAGAGUUUUAACUAGUUUUGAGCCAAGUUUUAUAUAUUGCUCGUAUGGAAAACAGUCCUUUUAUGUGCUCAAAGAUAAAAUCAAAUCUUGAAAGGAAAUGUUCAUUGAUCUUUCUAAA